AUCGGGCUCGUCAUUGACGGCAAAUAAAAUAUUAUACCGGCAAACUAUAAAUCGAACGAUAUCUAAUUGAUAAAGGAAUGUGUAUUGUAGUCUUGAGGAUGUUGAUAAAAUUUAUUUGUUUGCAAGAACCUAUUAAAUGAAAUAUUUAUGGCUUAAAAUGCUGAUUAAACUAUCUCGUAAGAGAAUGUAAUAUUUUUGCUUACCGAAGAAUAUAACAGGCAUAUUUAAAUGCUUCAAGAUAUCAGCUGGUUGCAAGAAAAUGGUAUGUUAUAAUUUUUUUUUACUGAACAGGAAAAAUGCAGGUAACAAACUUACAUUCUUACAGAAGUUAUGAUAUUGCAUUAAUCUUGCUUGAUUUGAUUAAUUUUGUAUGAAUGGUUGCAUGAAUUUUAAUAUAUUGCAUAGUCCUGCAUUUAUACUCAGGAUGAGGGGGCUAAACUGCCAUUAAAAGACUUGAAUAACCAAGAGUACUGUAACUACUGCUUUUCUUCCCCUAUAAUGUACAUAAAUGCCAAGUUCAGAGUGUAAUAAAUAGUAGAUGUGGUAUCAUUGGAGUGUUUCAAGCAUAGGAUAGACAUGUAUGAAUGAAUUUGGUUGAACAUAAAUAGGACCUGUUUCAUAGGUCAAUCGAUCUUCUGCAGUUCUCCUUAAUCUAAUGUUCUUAUUCAUAAGUUAACCUAACCUAACUUAGGUGUAUUGUAAAUGAUGUUUUGUUUGAUACAGAUAAAAUAUAAUUUCCGGUAAAAUCUACUCUCAACAUGGUGUUUCUCUGCACUUUGUACUCUCUCUCUUUGGUCCAGUUCCCUUAACUAGAGUGUACUGGUAUAGUUGUCAUGGUGUGUAUGUGGCUGUCUGUCUUUAGCAUGAUCACACUUUCAGUUCCACCUACAAUAUCAUUUUCAUUUAUUAAAGUAUUACAAGUAAUCUUUAUAGAAGGACUGUGUUCAUUAUAUGAAAUCAUUUUGUUCACAAUUAUUAGAGUAAAAAGUCAUUAUUACCAUUAGAUUUGAAAGAAAUAGUUUUCUUUCAGAUUACAAGUCUAUAAUUAAUUUCUGAAAGGACUCCCUCAGUAUCUCCCCAAGCUAACCACCAGUCCAGCCAAGCCUCUGGGGAUGCAUGAGGCCUCUCAGAAUGCACUCUUGCUUACCAGGAACCAAGAUCAGAAUAUGGAUCUUUCUAUAUGAGGUGGGGGGAGCUUGAUGACCAGAGAUUGUGAGGAGAGAGAGAGACAUCAGCCAGCUUAAAAUGUGGUAGAGAGUGCACACUGCCGUUUUGAUUUCUUUCUCAUGAAUGCACAAGGAAGUGCACCAGGGCUAACUUCGUUAGUAUGAACUGUAUGUGUACUUUGUUGGCUGUCUAUGGACAGUGCAUGACCCCAGCUGUCAGGUGAGACUAUGAUGGCUGUCAUGGCAAUUUUAGUAAGGGAGUUACACCCAUUGUAAUAGGUACUGUAUUACAUUACUUAUCUCUAAGGUUUUUGAAAAUCCAGAAAUAGAAUCAGAGGGAACUUUCAGCUGCCUUGUGCUCAGUAGGCUACAACCCUCCAACUGUCUUGAGGCUCAGGUCUCUCUCCAGUGUGUCACCAGAGCCAUCACGCCACCGAGGUCAGGCUUCCAUUUGUUGAGGCAUGUAUGGGCUCCCUCUGAUUGACUUUUUCAAAGAACAGAAGGGAUAGUGUGUGUGUGCCCACAUCUAAGCCACGUGGCAUCUUCCCCCUCAUUCUGUCGGUGUUGCUCCACCUGUAGGACAUGUCAUCCAUAGUUGUGGCCACAACUACGAGAACACCGUCUAAAUGCAACACUAAGCUUGACCCACUAUCCUCAUUCCAUCCCAUACUAUGAUAUGCACUCACUUUAGGCUAGAUCACCCCAGACUAGUGUGGCACGAGCUGGAAGCAAAGUCCUAGUUGAGGCCUGGUGCACCCAUGAACAGUACCAGUGAUGGAGGAGAAGGAUGCAAUGGAAGUGAACUCCCCCCAAAAAACAGGAAAAUUAUUGAUCAUAAUCCCCUUCAAGGUGACACAUGCCACAUGUAGCCCUGACUGCAGCACAACAUGGCUGGAGUGUUUAUGUCACGGCAGUGAUCGAUUGGAUGAAAAGCAGUUGGUCAUUUUAUGCAAUUAUGCUUUCAACUUUUUUUUUCAGUUAUGGACUGAUUUCUGAUCAAGGUCCUCGUAACUUUAUAUAUACUGUAGUGUCAGUCUGGUCCUGUCUGCUGAUGGGUAAGGGUGCAUCUCGGGGGGGGCCUGGUGCAUCUCCAUAUAAGAAAUGAUUGGACCAGCACUUAGCUUAGGGAGCUAUUGAGAGGACCUGCUCAGAAAUACACAUUUUAUCAUACAGAAAAAAUUAGUAAAUUCUGAAUUUAUUUAAUUUUCAAUUUAUUUUUUAUGAAAACAGUGCACUAUUAAUACACACAUCGAAUGAAUCUCUCACUCUUUAUAGAAUGUCUGUAUUUAAGCACUUAUUGCUGUAUAUUUGCCAAUUAAUUUAAUAUUGCUGUGGUUGCAUGAAGUUAUAUUAGCAUCUUUGUAAGAAUUUCAGCAAAUUGCAUGGCAAAUUUUAUCUUAAUGUUCUUAAUAACUUUAAUACUCAAUAUUAUACAGUAACAUCUUCAAUGCAUAUUCCUGUAAAUUCAGAGAAAAAUUGCAAAUCUCAUCGAAUAAUGACCAAUUAUCAGCCUAUUGCUAUGCUAGAAUGUCACGGAUAUCUGUAAAUAGUUGUGAUAUAGAAGUCCACCUCAAAGUGGCAUCAAUUUCCUUGACAACAGCAUAAGCUCCAUCCCAACAGCUUAUUGGGUAUUGUAUCAUGAGACUCAGCAUCAUGAAGCUAAUAACCACAUUGAAUGGACAAGACGAAAAAUCCAUGGAGACCUUAGGACUCAGAUGAUUAUUGAUGGGCUAGAUCCCUUGCAGACAUACAUGGUAGGAGUAUCAGCCCAGAAUGCCCAGGGACAUGGCGAUGUUUCGCAUCAUGUGAUCUUCAGUUUGGUCCCACCAACACAAGCUGUGGAAUGUUACCUUGGGAGUCUAAACAUUGCUCUUGGGUCAGCCCUCAACACGAGUGAGUGCAAUCUUAACUGCAGAUGCAUAACACCACCUGAACCCACCUGUGUGCAGUACAGGUCUUGCACACUAGCUCAAGAAGCAGCAUUGAUUCAAGAAUGUGCUGAGCCGUCAUGUGCUACUGGAUGUGACAUCAUCAUGGAUGCUGCAACGGGAUGUCUUGUAUGUUCAUGCAAAGAUGAAACCUUUGUGUGCCCACAACACACUUGCCCCAGUUACUGUGAAAAUGUUUUAGAUCUCCAAACAGGUUGUCUUCUCUGUAAGUGUGACUGCUCAUAUGAUUUUGCUGGCCAGCCCCAUUGUCCAGUAGAUUGUGAUGUUUAUGAAUUUGUAGAUGAACUCACAGGAUGUAAGAGAUGCGAGUGCAAGCUCAAUAGCACAAGCAGUACAUCAGUUACACGUCAACUCUGCCCAGUGGAUUUCUCGGGCAGAGCCCCAUGCCCCAUGGACUGUGCAAUCCGUCGAGUGGUGGAUGAGACAACAGGCUGUGAGAAAUGUGAAUGUGAUCCAGAAAAAACAAUUAAUCCAUUUAGGCCACAUGAACUUCCUCCCCGCCCUCCUCUAGAUAGUAACUGUCCUACGUAUGCCACUGGUAAGGCCCCUUGCCCCAUGGAUUGUGCAAUCCGUAGGGUUGUAAAUGAGAAAACAGGUUGUGAAAUAUGUGAAUGUGAUCCAAAUAACCCAGGUCAUCCAUUUGGGCCCCAUAGUCCUCCCUAUAUUGUUAACACAUAGCUUCAACAAAAAUAUUCUUAGCACUGUUGUUUACAGUUUGCUAGAUUAUGGGUCAAACUGAAAAUAUGUCCAUUUGUUUGUUUCCUUCACUCCACAAUGAAGUAUAUUAGCCCAUCAUCAAAACAAAGGGCUGAGGCACACAACAUACAAAGUCAAAUACUGAGUACAAAAACUACAUAGGUCAGUAUUUGGACUUAUAGUCCACUUAGCCAUGUUCAAGGCCUUGACUAAACACAUGCUUCCUUCAGCCUGUAGUAUAAACACUCCCUAAAUCAAUGUAACUAAAACACCUAACCAUACAAAUCCACAAUAUAUAAUAAUAAUAAUAAUUUAAAUAUCAGAUUUUUUGUUUAUUAUGUGAUAAUAAAUAUAAUAAAAAUGUCUGCUGGCUUCUCGGGGUUUGGCUUUCCAUGUGGUUCAUAUCCAGGAAGUGUCCAACGUCCUAGCGGACGGCCUAUCUUGGCUCAUUCCCCUGUCCACAAAAUGGACAGUUGACACAGACUCCUUCAGUUGGCUCUGCCGGAUGUACGGACUCCUGGACGUGGACCUCUUCGUGUCGGAGUGGUCUCGGCGUCUCCUGACCUAUGUGGCGCCCUUUCCCGACUGCGAGGCUGUCGCGAUGGAUGCCUUUCGGUAGGACUGGUCGAGGUGGGGUUGCUUCUACCUCUUCCCCCUGGUCCAGCUGUUGCUUCGAGUUCUGGCUCAUUUGGAGUCCUACCAAAGGAGAGUAGUCCUAGUGGCCCAUUGGUGGCAGGCCCAGCCUUAGUUCCAGGCGCUGCUUGUUCGGUGUGCGAACCCGGGGCGUUUUCCGCAGCUCUGCCCUGUCCAGUACAUGGCUGGUUCAGUCUUCUCCACUCUUUGCAGCUGGUCUUUUUUACCUAGGUUUAUCACUAUUUGUAUGGUGAUCAGGUGGUUUCGUUGAUGGUGUCCCAAUUGAAAGCUUUAUCUCGGCAACAGUAUAAAGUAUCCUGGCAUUCUUUCUGCCAUAUUCUCUCUUCGUAGGUUGUCUUCAAUUUCUGAUUAGGUUGUCUUGUACUUUCUGUCUUGGCUUUUUCAGGACAGUCAUUUAAUGCCUAAUGCUGUUGCCUUGUAUCGUGUGGUGGAGCGUGUGUUCGGGGUGGUUGUUUCUUCUGCCCCGUUCUGUAAGCUUUGUGCUCUGUUUCACCUCCGGCCUGCUCAUUCCUGACACCUGAGCCAUCCUGGUUCUUGGACAGGGUGCUCUCCUAUCUUUCCUCUCCUCAGUUUGUGGUGGCCCCUUCGGUUCAAGAUUGUUUUUCCAAGGCUCUGUUUCUGUUGGCAUUGGCCUCUGGGGGUCAAGUCGGUAAGCUUUUUAUGCUUUAAAAAAAAACUUUUUGGCUUUUUUCAUGUAUAAUUCUUUAAGUGUAGUUACAGGAUGAGAGCUACGUUCAUGGUGUCCUGUCUUCCCAGCACACUGUCGUAUAAUGCUUUGAAACUGCUGAUGGUUUUGGCCUCCACCUUCUCACCUAACUUGUUUCAACUGUCUACCACUGUUUGUGGAAGUGAAUUUUCUUAUAUUUCUUUGGCAGCUUUGUUUAGUUAGUUUAAAUCUAUGACCAUUUGUUCUUAAGUUCCAGGUCUCAAAUUCUUCCCUGGGCUGGAUUAUUUGUUUUAAGUCACAUUACUAUAACUUAUUGCAUUAUUAUUAUGAUUAUAUAUUUGUGUGUGUGUACUUACACUAUGAGAUCCUAGCAUGUGAUGACCCAUAUUCAUUACUGUAUAUUCUUUGUCACACAGUAUAUAUAACGUUCAUGUACUUUGGUUCCUUGUACGUAUGCUCUCUCCACCUGUCUCCACAGACCUAUAUGAUUGGCUUUUAGAUUCCAUUUUGCAGGAUGUCUGAGCAUUAUCACUUAAAAAAAAAUCUUUCUCCUACCUCUGGUCAGCCAUUUAGCUUUUCCACGUAGCAUUGUAAUACUUGCAUUUUUUCUAAGAGUAAUCCCUCCUUAAAAACCAUAGUUAUCAUUAUCAUCACUUAAUAUAAAUGCUCAGAAAUACUGGAAGAUUAUUUGUUUUUUACCAUUUAAUUUCAGUACUUAUAAGGGAUGAUUUCUUUCCUUAUACAGUAUAUGCAAUACUGUAUAUACAUAUAUAAUAUAUACUUAUAUAUGCAUAUAUUAUUAUAAUUGAUAGCAAAAGAAAAAAUUAGACCAUAAUAAAUUGUGAAAAUGAA